GGGCAGCUGUCCCCCAGGCACAAAUCCCCCACCUCCACCGCCAGCUUCAUCUUCGCCAAAAGCACCAAGAAGCUGGUGAUCGAGACACCCUCAUCCCCUGAGGCACAGGCCGACCUGAAGAGGAACUUGGUCACCGAGCUGAUGAAUUUCUCCGGGCAGCGCUCGGCAGCCCCGGCUGCUGCCCAGCAGGGCCCAGGCAAGACAGCAGCGCACCGAAAGCCUGGCAAAGUGCCCCCUCCUGUCGCCAAGAAGCCUUCGCUCGGCCUGGGGCCAUCUCCAUCACCCCUGAGCCCAAAGGCACCAGAGGCGCUGGGCUCCCCUGCGCCGGAUGAGAAAGUCAAGGCAGUGGCAGUGGAGGAGGAGAGCAGAACCGGCAGUGAGCCUGUGGGAAUGGCUGAGGGCAGAAGCGCCGCGGUUGCAGAGCCGCCGGCACAAGACAGACAGGGAGAGACAGCCUGAAGGACGGAGCUGCAGGACUGGUGCCCCCGCGGACAGGAAUCCAAAUCUCUCAGGGACCUGGGCAGGUCAACGGAUGAGUGUGGAACUGGCAACUAACUUAACACAGGAAGCAAACAGCCUUAGCCUCCAUGGCCUUGAUGAUAUUUAUGCAAAAAUGGUGUUGGUUUCACUUUCCUAAGUACUACGGCUUUAUUUUGCAUUAUUUUUUUUUACCGGACUCGAGGCCUGCACCCAGAGCCAGCGCUCCUCCCUGCUGCGCUGCCGCGUGGUUUGCGCGUGUGAGCAGAGCAGCUGCGCAGAGAGGAGGGCGAGGGGCUGCAGCCACGCAGGUGAGGACACGGGAAGAAGACAGCGCUGGACCCAACCUGCUCCCGGCCAGCUGGGCCUGUAAAGAAUCAAAGCACUUUGGACAAAGGAACUGGAAAGCUUCGGCCACGGCCGCCCCUGGGAGGACUUGGGCAACAGAAGCAGCGUGAGACAGAGCCCCGGAUGGGUGGAACGGCGCUGCAGCCCUGGAGAAAAGCACGAGGGGUCUCUGGGCUGGCACCGCUCCCUGCCUGCAGCUCACCCCGCUGCUGGGCACAGCCAGCUGGGAGCCGUGCGGCUGCAGCAGGAGCCCUGUGAGCUGCUGUUCGGGCCCUGGGCUGUGGGCUGGAGCCUUGAUUUCUGUUUCUGUAAACUUUGGUCACAUUUUGAUUUCUUUGAUUGUAAGAAAACAAAAAACAACAACAAAAAAACAAAACCAAACAACCCUCUGCCGCCAAGUAGCCCCUCAGAGCUCUGUACCUGGCUGGUAAAGAUGAUGACUGAA